UCUCUCCCUCUCUCUCUCUCUCUCUCCCUCUCUCUCUCAGUCACCAGGAUGUUGUCGGAGGCGUUCCUCAGCACCGUCCUCUAUGAGAAGGUGAUGGGCGGGAUCUCUGGUCCGGAUGAAACACAGAAGAAGACUUCCCUGAAUUGCCCCCAUAAUGCCGUGCGUCGCACAGAGGAGCGCCGUUCCUGCAAGGUGACACCCCUCGGGGGUGGAGCCUGGGGCGGAGACACGCUGGCCCCUAGCGGUAGUCCGGACUUGUACACCUCGUGGUCCAGCAACUACGCCAACCUCUACAAGAACUACCCGGACCUCCACAUCGGAGGAGACCACAUCCUGAAGAGGGAGGACUCCGGCUGUGUCCUAGAGUGUGAGGACGGCCCAGUGCUGCUCUCAGUGGACAUUGACAGCGGCAGUCCUCCCACCCACCUCCCGGAAGGACCUCCAGAAGGGGGCGCUCUACGCAGUGAGGACGGCCACGCCUUACCGUCCGCUCCCUUCUCCAACUCCGCCCUCAAUGGCUUCCUGGAGAAGACGAUGCAGGAGCUCUACAAACAAUGCUACGAGGAGACGCUGGGGACCAACGCCGGCUCCUCCAAUCCCGGCUGGCCCUACGUCCUCAUGGUCAACCUCAACCAGAUGAGUCUGAUGGUGUCCCAGGAGCAGAACAUGGACCAGGCCAAGGCCAGAGAGGCCAUACUGCAGUACCUGUACAGCGCCACCAGCGGGGGAAGCUCUGAGUUUGUUACCCCCGUCCUCCACAUCUCCAGCCAGGGCAACAAGAAGAGAUCCGGCACUUUGUCCAAGAAGCUCCGCCCCUAAAAAAAAAUGGCCGUUCGUCAUACCGCAAGGCUCUUAUGGCAUAACGACCGUAGGUCAGAAGUAAAAGUCAAAGACCUUUCCCCAUAGGAUGACCCCCCCCCCCCUCAUAUAUGAGGACAUAAAGACCUGGACACUAGGGGGCGCUGCUCCUCCACAGCAAACAUCAUAGAAAGCCGAUCAAUGAACUGAAUGACCGUUUUCUUAUCCUCUGAUGUAUAUAAUGAGAGUGUCAAUAAUUAUUAUUAAUUCGAGCUGUAAUCUGAUAAU